AUUAAAGCGACUCACCUCACUCCUCUCUCUCUCUCUCUCUCUUUCUAGUCUGGCUUAGCUCCUCAACCCCCUCAACUUCUGCGCGCUCUCUCUCUCUCUCUCUCUCUCUCUCUCUCUCUCCUGCGUACUGUGCUCCCAGCUCUCGUUCAUGUUUCUGGUUUCGUUCUCAGCUUUGUCGCUCUAAGGCAGAGCCGUUUCUCUCUCUCUCUAAGAUCUAGCACAGUUUCUAUCUCUGAAACUGGAUCUUCAGCUGCAUUUCGUGGAUCUACUACUGUGCAAGCUGCAUUGUGCUUUGUGAUUCUAGGGUUUGCUCGCCGCGUCCCUCUUGAGCUGCGCAUUUUUCGCUGAGCCAUGCUCUCUCGGACUUCAUUGGCUCGACUUGAUGGGCUGCCCGGACACCGGCGAGGACUUCACCGUGGCCCUACUAACUUCCCGGGAGCCUGCGGCGGGGAGCGCAAGCUCGAUGGUCGCGGGUUCUGACGAUGAUGUGUGUGAACUGCGAUUUGGUGAAAGAAGAUGAUGCGGACUCUUAUUCUGCUGCUUCCUCUGCUCAAUUUGAUGUACUUAUGCGACGGGAACCUUUUGCAGCACAUAUACUUGUCUCCUACUUUGCCACCAAGUCAGCCAUUGUCUACUAUAGCAGUCUCACUAGAAAAUGCAAGGUCAAUGUCAAUGAGUGUGUCAUUUGCUUCAUCAAGGUCCUCCAGGAUGCAACGAGUGUUUAAUCCGUCUUUGGGACCAUCAACUGUACCUGCCCCUUCUCCAGCACCCCAAGGCUCAGCUGCUAGUCCUAGCAUUAACACUUUCCUUAGACAUCAUCAUCAUCAUCAUAGCCACCCAAAGUCACACGAAGUCUCCCCUGCACCUUCUUCCAGACAAGGUUGUGAUCAAAAUUGCUUGGAGCCAUUGACUUCGACCCCCUAUGGUUCACCCUGUGGGUGUGUAUUUCCUAUGGAAGUCAAGCUUCUUCUAGAUGUAGUUCCAUAUGCAGUCUUCCCAAUGGUAAAUGAGCUAGAGAUUGAGAUUGCAGCAGGUGUAUAUCUGAAACAAAGUCAAGUUAGGAUUAUGGGUGCCAGUGCUGAUGAUCAAAAUCAAGGAAGAACUGUUGUGGAUAUUGACUUGGUUCCACUGGGAGAGAAGUUUGAUAAUACCACUGCUAUACUGACUUAUGAGAGAUUUUGGCAGAAGAAGGUGCCUUUGAAUGUGACGCUUUUUGGUAAUUAUGAAGUGAGAAGCAUUAGCUAUCAAGGGUUCUCUUUUUCACCAUCAUUUGGGGGCAAUGGUCCAUCAGGAAGUCCUGGAAGUCUCCCAGUUACUGCUAAUUUUGCCACUAGGAGCCAAAGGAUGAAUUUCAGAACAAUUGCCAUCAUUGCUUUGUCUGGAUUUGUACUCUUAUUUGUUUGCGUUGGAGCAGUCUCCGUCCUCAUAAAAUGGCGGAAGGUCAGAAGACCUUCAAGUGCUGUUGGUCCUGUAUUUACAUCAUCUAUGAAUAAGAGAUCUGGCUUUGGUUCUACCCUUUCAAGUAGUAUGGCUAGUUCGACAUCAGUGUCCCUUUUAUCCAAUAUAGCUCCUUGUAUGCUUUCUGUUAAAACAUUUGCACUUGCUGAGCUGGAGAAGGCAACAGAGAGGUUUAGCUCCAAGAAGAUUCUGGGUGAAGGAGGAUUUGGACGUGUUUACAGUGGAAUUCUUGAGGAUGGAAGUGAAGUUGCAGUCAAGUUGCUUACAAGGGAUAAUCAGAAUGGAGAUCGUGAGUUCAUUGCAGAAGUUGAGAUGCUAAGUCGUUUGCACCACCGUAAUCUUGUGAAACUGCUUGGUAUAUGUAUGGAAGGUCGAACACGCUGCUUGAUUUAUGAGCUUGUUCACAAUGGCAGUGUAGAGUCCCACUUGCAUGGUGCUGACAAGAGAAAACAACCUCUCGACUGGGAUACACGGAUGAAAAUUGCCCUUGGUGCAGCAAGAGGAUUAGCCUAUCUUCAUGAAGAUUCUAACCCUCGUGUAAUUCAUCGAGAUUUUAAGGCCAGUAAUGUAUUAUUGGAAGAUGACUUCACCCCCAAAGUUUCAGAUUUUGGUUUGGCAAGGGAGGCAACAGAAGGAAGCCAACAUAUUUCUACCAGAGUGAUGGGAACAUUUGGGUAUGUUGCCCCUGAGUAUGCAAUGACAGGACACCUACUUGUCAAGAGUGACGUCUACAGUUACGGUGUUGUGCUGCUUGAACUUCUCUCUGGAAGAAAACCUGUGGACAUGUCCCAACCUCCGGGACAGGAGAACCUGGUAACUUGGGCACGGCCUCUACUGACCAGCAGAGAAGGCUUGGAGCAGUUGGUGGAUCCCUGCUUGGCUAGAAACUACGACUUUGACAAUAUGGCUAAGGUUGCAGCCAUUGCUUCCAUGUGCGUUCACCCAGAAGUGACUCACAGGCCUUUCAUGGGUGAAGUUGUGCAGGCCCUGAAGCUCAUAUACAACGACACGGAUGAGACUUGUGGAGACUCUGGUAGUCAGAAGGAGUCUUCUGUCCCAGACUCAGACUUCAAAGGUGAUUUUGGUCCUGACAGCAAUUGGUGGAAUGCUGGUGGGUCGACGCCUCAUUUAAUGCACAGGCAUGCCUCUAUCAUUACAAUGGAGUACAGCUCUGGUCCGCUAGAGGAGGUGGACAACAGGCUGUUUUCAACUUCGAGUGUGGUUGAAGAAAGGCUACCUUUACCCAUUGGGCAUGGUAACAGAUCAGGUCCCUUGAGAACAGUCCGAAGCAAGCGAGCCUUCUAUAGGAUUCGUGGGAGUAUGAGUGAACAUGGGGGACUCCUUUCUAGACAUGCUUGGAAUGAUGGGUAUUGGGUUUGAUGUGUCUUUCUUGAGCAGUGUUUUGAAAUGUACAGUUCAAAGAACCAGGGCUUUCAGUAAGUGGUUGAUCCAUGUAGCACAGGAGUUUGGAUUUCUGCAGUUUCCAUAUUGAUUGAUUGAUUGAUUGAUUGAUUGAGAGCGAGCGAGUAAGCAAGAGAGGACCUUGGCUUCUUCUAAUUUUGGAAACCUUGAUUCAUUACCAUACGAACAAGAAAUGUAAGUUGGACACCCCUUGUAUUAUAUAGUUGUGAAAUUAUUUUGUUGUUAGGUGCUGGAGAAAGUGACUAAUCCUUUUGGUUUGAUGAAUUUGUUUUUCAUGCUUGAUGCCAUCUUUUUAAUGGAAAAGCCUCUCCAAAUUGUAUCAUGUCUGUCAUGUGGGAUGUUGAAUGGAAUAGAAACUGCAGAUCCUUUUGGCGAAA